AUGAACAGGGAAAAACUCAACAUGAAUCUCAUCUAUUGUGGAUCCCCAGCAGCUGUACUUUUUCGAAUUGGUGCUGCAUCUUGCUGUGGUGGUACAUAUGAGAGUGUAAACAGACAAUUGUAUCAUAGUUUGAGAAGCUUUCAAACUUCAGCAAGAAGGAAAGUGAUCUCUGUUUACCGAAAUUUGGACCAAGCCACUUCCAGUGAGGAGGAUCCACUUGGUGCAGAAGAUAAUGGAAGCCAUGCCCAUCGAAUGGCACUCCAACAGAGAUCUCAGCAGGUCUCCUCAAUGGAGGAAUCCCUCAAGUCUCCUUGGGUUCAAAGACUAUUUAAUGGAAUGUUAAACCAAAACAGGGGCAUGCUUGCCCAAGCAAUCACAUUGGCAGAGAGCACACAUCCAAGAAAUAAAGUGGAAUCCCAGGCCCUGCUCUCUAUGGUAUUGGCUCAUGCCAAGGAUGAGUAUGAGAAGGCAGGCGCUUCUGCACUGUCCUUCAGGAUUGGACUGUCAGGACCACCAGGGGCAGGGAAAUCAACAUUCAUUGAAUCUUUUGGCAAGCAGCUUACAGCUCUUGGGCACAAGGUAGCUGUCCUGGCUGUAGAUCCUUCCUCUUCCAAGACUGGAGGCUGGUUUAUAUAA